AUGGGGCUGCGGGCCUGGCUGCGAUCGCUCGGCUGCUGCGGCUGCUGCGGCGGGGAGGCGGCGGCGCCGGAGAAGGAGCCCCUGCUCAGUAACAACAAUCCCUACACGUCGUUCGGGGCCACGCUGGCGCGGGAUGAGGAGCAGAACCUGAGCACGCCCCACGACGUGACCCACACCGAGGCCGACGACGACCGCGUGCUCUACAACAUGAUCGUGGUCAGGAACCAGCUGGACAAGGACUCAGAGGAGUGGCAGAAGCUCAACUAUGACAUUUACACUUUACGGCAGACCCGGAAAGAAGUGAGGAGCAGGUGGAAACACAUUUUGGAGGAUUUAGGUUUCCAGAAGGAAGCAGAUUCCCUCUUGUCAGUGACCAAACUCAGCAUCAUCAGUGACUCUCAGAACAUGAGCAAAGCCCGGGACAUCUUGUUAAAGCUCUCAGAGGAGACCAACAUCUUCCCCACCAGCUGGGAGCUUUCUGAGCGCUACCUCUUUGUGGUGGACCGCCUCAUCGCCCUGGACGCCGCCGAUGAGUUCUUCAAGAUGGCCAGCGUGGUGUACCCCAAGCGGCCCGGCGGGGACCGGCUGGACGAGGGACCCCGGGCCCUGCAGAGCGUCCCCACGGUGCCCUGAGGGACCUGUCCUGGCGGUGUGACACGGCCAGCGCUCCUGGGCAGGCUGCUGUGCCCGGGGCCAGCAGGACAGAGCCCUCCUGGUGGCCCUGCGGACAAGAGAGUGGGCAGAGCAGGGCGAGCUGUGCCCAGCAGGAGCACGCACAGAAAGGGACGCUGGCACCACGGGGCUCCCGGGCACGAGGGAGUGACAACUGGGACACCACUGGCCAGUAGUGUAUGAAAUAGGCACAGGGAGGAUCUGCCAUACAAGGCAUUGCUGCCAGAGCCUCUAGUUCCAAGGGCUGUGAGGAAAUGCACCUUUCCACCUGGAUGAUACCUGCCACUGUCCCCUCCCUCGAGCUGCCAGCCAGGAGGAGCGGCAAGACAGGAAAAACACCUCUGUGUCUACAGCUCUAUGACUCUGUGCAGUGCUCCUCAUCCUCACCCCAGCCCUCCAGGCAGGUCCCAGGGGAUUGGGAAAGAGGCAGGAGCUGUGCCAGGACAGGAUUUCAUUCCAGGCAGC